UGACUGCUGAGUGAUGAGGUAAAAGAAAAUCUCAUAACAUUAGAAUUUAGCUAAUAUAGAUGGAACAGAUGCCAAAAACAAGCUCUCUAAAGAUAGCUUCCACUUAUGGUUGUGAUGAUCAUGAUACUCACAAAAGAACUGGGACUCUGUGGACGGCCGUUGCUCAUAUAAUCACAGCUGUAAUUGGAUCUGGUGUUCUUUCCCUGGCAUGGAGUACCGCUCAACUAGGAUGGAUUGCUGGACCAAUCGCUCUACUCUGCUUUGCGUUUGUUACCUACUUAUCUGCCUCCCUCUUAUCUGACUGCUACAGAUCUCCUCAUCCUGUAACUGGUUUGCGAAACUCUUCCUACAUUGAUGCUGUCAGAAACAUACUUGGAAGGAAACAUGUAUGGUUCUGUGGUUUUCUUCAAUACUUAAGCAUGUAUGGUGCUGCUGUUGCCUAUGUAAUCACCACUUCAAUCAGCAUCAGAGCAAUUCAAAAAUCAAACUGCUACCACAGAGAAGGCCACCAAGCUUCUUGUUCUUAUGGUGAUAAUAUUUACAUGCUGCUAUUUGGAUGUGUUCAGAUCAUAGUGUCUCAAGUACCUGACUUCCACAACAUGGAAUCGCUUUCUAUUUUAGCUGCCAUCAUGUCAUUUGCCUACUCAUCCAUUGGAUUGGGCCUUGGCUUUGCUACAGUUAUCGGAAAUCGAGCGAUCAAGGGAAGCAUAACUGGAGUUCCUACAACUUCAUCUCUAAAAAAAUUGAGCUUAGCCUUUCAAGCGGUUGGGGAUAUCGCUUUUGCCUACCCCUAUGCAAUUAUUGUUCUAGAAAUUCAGAAUACAUUGAAGUCCCCUCCACCGGAAAAUCAAACAAUGAAAAGGGCAUCGAUGGCAGCUGUGUUAAUUACCACCUUCUUCUACCUCUCUUGUGGAUGCUUUGGUUAUGCGGCCUUUGGGAAUGACACACCUGGGAACAUUUUGACGGGUUUUGGAUUCUAUGAACCUUACUGGCUCAUCGACUUUGCCAAUGCCUGUAUUGUUGUGCACCUUGUAGGAGGAUAUCAGGUUUACAGUCAACCAGUGUUUGCAUUCGUGGAAGGAUGGGCUGCUAAAAAGUUCCCAAAUAGCAGCUUUGUGAAUGAAAUUUAUUCGGCGAAGAUGCCAUUGUUGCCAACUCUUCAACUGAAUAUACUAAGAUUGUGUUUCAGGACAGCAUAUGUUGCAUCUACAAUAGGGAUAGGCAUGAUUUUUCCUUACUUCAAUCAAAUUUUAGGGCUGCUGGGGGCCUCAACUUUUUGGCCCUUGGCCAUAUAUUUCCCAGUAGAAAUGUACAUUGUCCAGAAAAAGAUGAAGGUUUGGACAACCAAGGGUAUUCUACUCCGAACUUUUAGUAUUGCUUGCUUGCUAGUAAGUUUAGUUGCCUUAGCAGGAUCAGUGGAAGGGCUUGUGAGCGCUAAGUUAAAUAAACCAAGCGGUACUGAUUCUCAUCUAUAUGCAUAAACCUGGACCUGUUUGUUUUUGUCGAUCCCAGGUUUUGGCACCAAACUAAGCUAGUUGGUAUCCGCACAUAUAUUUGUUACUUAUUGCUGAAAACAAGUUUGCUGAACUUGAAUGUCAGAAUAUAAUUCGUUGUAACUUAUUCUAUUACUUCGUGUCAAACUUGUUACUAUGUGGAGAAUCAUUUCCCACCCUUCUAUAAAACAAAUAAAAUAUGCAAAUUUUACUUUUA